UCAAAUCUCAUAUCACAUGUUUUUGGAAGACCUUUUGUGAUGGAUUCAAAUUUGGCACCACAAAUAUCGACUCUUGGAUCACCUUCAAAUUCUUCUGAUGAAAGUUUGUUUAACCAAGACACAUGUGUCUCUCCCAUUAGAUAUCCUCCUCUUCGUCAAGAAAACAAUCAAAAUAGUAAUAAUGUUCAUGCACAUUCAAUGAUCUCUCAAUCACCACAAGAACAUGAUGAAUGUAAUCAUGAUAGUAGGCAGCAAACAAUUAUGUUUGAGACUGUUGUUGCUUCUAUGAAUGAAAUGGUUGAACUUUGGAAGAUGAAUGAUCCAUUUUGGGUAGAUUCAUCAAGUGAUAGGCAGUGUUUUAUUCAUCGUGAGAUUUAUGGAAGAAAAUUUUCAAAUCAAGUUCUACCUCCCCAAACAUCAACGGGUCGAAUUGAAUCAUCAAAGGAUUGUGGAAUUGUGUCAAUGACUGCAGUUGAGUUGAUCCAUAAUUUUCUUGAUCCAGUUAAAUGGAUGAACUUGUUUCCUACUAUAGUCACAAAAGCUAAGACUAUUGAAGUUCUUGAUUCUGGUACUUGGGGAGGCUCUAUGCAAUUGAUGUAUGAAAAGUUGCAUAUUUUAUCUCCUCUAGUUGAAGCUAGAGAAUUUUUCUUCAUACGUGCUUGUAGACAACUUGAUGCAACAACAUGGAUCAUGGUGGAUAUUUCAUAUGAUAUAUUCAACGACAUUCAGAGUGGUGUACCUUCUUAUUCUUGGAAGUUUCCAUCUGGUUGUGCAAUUCAAGAUAUGGGCAAUGGCCAAAGUAAGGUUACUUGGGUGGAACAUGUUCAAGUAUAUGAAAAAUAUCAGGUUAAUCAUAUCUUUAGAGAUUUGUUGUGUGAUCGUGAAGCAUACGGAGCUAAAAGAUGGAUUGUUACACUUCAAAGGAUGUGUGAGAGAUUUAAUUUUCAAAUGGGUUCAACAUACCCUAACAGGCAUGAUUCCAAAGGAGUUAUUCAUGAUCCAGAAGGGCUAAAAAAUACGAUACAAGUAUCUCAAAGGAUGGUUAAGAAGUUUUUUGAAAUUCUAAGCAUGACAGACAACCAUGGAGAUUUUUCAAUCUCACCACAGUUAAACCGUGGAGAUAGGAUUUCAAUAGUAAAAAAUGAAGAAAAUAUCAAACCAAAAGGCCUUAUUGCCAUUGCAACUACUUCUCUAUGGCUUCCUCUUUCAUUCCAAGAUGUCUUCAGUUUCUUCAAUGAUUACAAGACAAGAAAUCAGAUUUCAAAACUAAGACAAUUGGUGGUUUUGAAGGAUGAUGUGUUCCCUUUUUUGUGA